ACAAACACACUCGAAGUCAGUCAGCUGUAAACUCUGUCCGAUACUCGGUUGACGGUUCCCCCCCUUAGCGGAAUGACAGCGGCUAUUGUCUACACUGUUAUGUUCCGUGCCUUUUGAAUAGCCGAAGCACCACCAAACACUGGACGCAACAUGUCAGAGAAGUCAGAAGAGACUAACUCCCUGGCACCUGAGCGAGAUCGAGCCACGGACGGCGACAGGCGACUGAAUGGAUGCGUUCCACUGUCACAUCAGGUGGCCGGACACAAAUAUGGCAUCAACAAAGUGGGUAUCUUGCAGCAUCCGGAUGGCACCGUGCUUAAACAGCUUCAGCCGCCCCCCCGAGGCCCUCGAGAGAUGCAGUUCUACACACAGGUGUUUGCUGAGGACUGUUCCGACCCUCAGGUGUUAUCUCUGCGGCCGCACCUGCCUCUGUUCUACGGCACCUGGGCAUCGUCAGACUCACCCAAUGAGCUGUACCUGAAGCUGGAGGACGUGUCGCGGCGCUUCUCCAGGCCGUGCAUCAUGGACGUGAAGGUGGGCCGCCGCAGCUACGACCCCCUGGCCUCGCCCGACAAGCGCCAGCAGCAGAUCAGGAAGUACCCGCUGAUGGAGGAGAUCGGCUUCCUGCUCCUGGGCAUGAGGGUGUAUCAGCCAAGUCGUGACUGCUACGUCUGCCAAGAUCAGUUCUUCGGACGCAGUCUGGGGAUGGACACUCUGGCCGGAGGUCUGGCUCAGUUCUUCCAUGAUGGCGUGAAGCUCCGAAAGCAGAUCAUCCGUCUCUGCAUCCGCAAAGUCCGGAGCAUUCUGCGAUGGUUCGAGAGCCAAAAGCAGCUUCACUUCUACGCCAGCUCCCUGCUGUUUGUGUACGAGGGCGCGUCGAGUGCACACACGGAUGCGGAACAAAAUAACAACCACCACCAACACCACCUGCCACCUCAGGACUUUCCCCACGCGGGAUCCCCCGCCAAGAGCUCCUGCAAGUGGGGAGACUGCGGCAGAGACCUCCCGGACUGUUUGCAGAACGGCGGUCAGACACAUGGCUCAGAUCCUUGUCUGAAACAGAGCAAAAGGAAUAGGGAGUGUGAUGAAGAGGAGGAGGAGGAGGAGGAGGAGGAGGAAGAGGAGGACUCAGGUGGAUGGCUUGAGGAAGAGCGAAGUGAUGGCCAAGUAGAGGUGAGGAUGAUUGACUUUGCCCACGUUUUCCCCAGUGAAAGCCCUGACGAGGGCUACAUGCACGGCCUGAAAAACCUGCUGUCCACUCUGACAAAGAUCAUCCAGGACUGACGUGAUCAUAUACAACAUCUCUUUCUCUAUUGCUUCCUCUCUCUCCCUCUCUCUCAUUUUCUCAUUCUCUCUCUCUCUCUCUCUCUCUCUCUCUCUCCAUCUGUUCUUGUACCCUGCCUGGGCUCAUCUCUUGGUCAGUGGUUGUGUCUGUGUCUGAUGGAAACAUUAUGGGUUUCACCCUCUAUCUCAGGUAGAUGUUUUAUCCCUAAUCUGGAUUGUGCAAUUUUAUAUAUUGACUUUAUGUGACUGUGACUAACUUAAUUAAUUUAUAAACAUAACCUUUUCUGGAGAUCUACUGUAUGCCAUAUGCUAGCUGCCCAAAUAAUUAUAGCUGUAUGGUUUUAAGUUUCUUGACUACAUUGAGUGUAGUUUUACUAACAUGCCUUUUUUAAUUUUGUAAACCAUCCUAUAGCAAUAACUGGAUAAGAACUGUGAUUUUGUAAGUGUGAGGAAUACUGUAUCUUAACUGAUUGGAGGUGUAGGUAACAUUACUGCCAUAACGGACAUAGAUCAUGAGGACAGAUACAAGUCAGAAAGGCUUAUUAGAAGAGAGCAAUGUUCCAGAUUUUAUGGAACAACUCUUUUUUUGGAACAUUUGAGGCUGAAUAUAUGAAGAGUUCUUUUCCAAAACACUAUGAAUCUAUUUUCGAAAACAUUAAUAAGUCAUGUUAUUUGAUUGUGUAUUUCAGGUUAUAUCAAUAAAAGUGCAGUGUUGUUUUGAGUAAAGAUAAAUCAAAUAACAAUAACACAGUUACAGUUCCACUGAGAUAAAUUGGAAAACCAAAUGAAAACAAUGAUUCAAGAAAGUGCAUUAAAGUGGAGGAUAUAGCAUUUGGGAAAAUACUUUUCAUAUUCACUUAUCAGUACAGUUAUAAGAAUAGGAACAUGUAACAUAUAUUUAAAUUUCUUAGCCAGUGAGCUGAUUUGAAUUAACAUUUUAAUGAUGUUUUAAAAUAGUAUUCUGAGCAGAUAAGAAGUACAAUUAUUUUGUUUUUCAAUUAAUGUUAUUCUUUUAUUUUUUUUGCUGUUCAUUGUUUUACAAAUCCUUUGUGGCUAUUUUGUCAAAUUAAAGCUAAUUACAAGUUUUGCAAUGUUGAACACCCACAGUACGUGUCCGAAAGUAAUUAUUUUUCAAAGAGCUGUGAAGAAGAUAUUAAUUCCUUUCUGACAAAACAGGGAGUCUACUUGAAGGCAAAAGAAUUCAUGAAAGAACCAUUCUGACUUAUUCAAUAUGAAACCCAUCAUCACAUUGUCGCUGUCUUCAAUGCAGAGAAAAUGGAAGUGAUUGAAGGAGUCUUGUAUCGUUGGCGAGCUUGUAGAGUUUCAGCUCAUGCCAAAGCCCAGUAACCAGACCACCGCAGACUCUGUUUAUGUUACUGAUGAGCCAGUCAUGUUGAAUCUUGCCCAGAUAAUUGCCUUAUAAAAUCUUUAUAUUACUGGACCGUACUUCAAAUCGACUUCAAACUGUACUGUACUUCAAAUAGAAUAGGCCUACAUUAUAUAGGCCUACCUAUGUAAAAGUAAAUGAGAUUUAGAGUGUGAUUGUCUGAUUCUUUUAAAGACAGACAUGCUCUGUUAAUUAAGGCCCUUUCCUGAAUUUGCCUGUUCUGAGUUUCUUUAACCAAGGUGGAGUGAUAUACUUUAUUUCUCAUGCCAGUGCAUAGCCAGUUAAAGGUUUAGUUUUUAACAGUGUUAUUCUAAUAACAUAGUCCAAAUAAGUAAGUACAGUAUAAGGUGGUUAUCAGGGCCCACUUGUUAGCUGUUCAUGAAGUAAAAGAUGGCCGCUGCUUGACCAGAACUCCCUUCCAUCUGAACCUGAACUCUCUCUCUCAAACACACGCACACACGCACAUACUGUACACACACAUGCAUAUUUAUUAUAUGACUGGAAGGCUGGAAAUACUGUAUCCUGGGAUGACAAAUGCUAACUGGAAUAUUUUUAUAUAUUUUUCUAUUAAUUUCUACACAUAAAGUGUGUCUUACAGGUGGAUAUGUUAUUGUCUCUCUUGCCAUUG